ACUAAGCGUGCGAUCGCCGGGCCUAAUCUCAUGGUAGCCACGAGAGAGAGGGCGCGCCCAUCGGGUCCUCGGUCAAGGGUGACUGCAGGCUCAGCCUCCAGCAGUGACGGGGAGGGAUCUUCAGCAACCACUUGGAACAGCGACACGACCUCAGAGCGAGGCGGCCUAGAUAGCAGUAGCAGCCUUAAGGGCGGCGGCGGCGACAGCAGCGACGGCAGCAGCAUCGGACCGAAAAGCGUGGUGAUGACCCGCAAGAGGCGAUUGCUGCAGGAGACGGAAGCGAGGAUUGCGGUCGGGGUUGUCCCGUACUGGGAAGGCGGUGUCGACCUGGGAGGGGAUAUCGACCAAGAAAAGAAAGGGACACCGAGGCGAUCUCGCCGAGGCAAGGCACGCCGCAAGCAGCAAGACCCGGCGCCUAUCGAGCAACCGAAAAUGGGCGUCAAUCUCCCGCCAAUGGUCAGCACGAGAGAGGGGAAGCUUCUGAGCGUCGAGGUGUUCGGUAUCGGUGUUUUGGACCACCUGCGACGGGAAGACAGGGGUGCGCGCGUGGGGCACUGCUCCAGCGGCUACGUGUGCGGGAGCCCCGUUCCGCGAGGCAAGGAGGGCAACCGGUGGUGCCAGACGCCGGUGCGGGGGUCGCUAGAGAGCAGGAUGGCGUGCAUGCACCACUCGCACCGCCGGAGGGCGGGAGGCACGGGCCCGUCCAAGGAGCAGUUGCGGUACAUGAUGCUUGCAGACGAUUUUUACGACCGGCAGUCGGGGGACAUCUGCUGGCAGCGUGUCGUGUCCUACCUCAGGGCGCGGAAGUGUCCUCGCGAGUUAGCCCAGCGCCGGCAGGUGCUGACCGCGGGCGGCCGUGCCGUGGCGGUCGCCGACACCAAGAUAGUCCUCCACGGGUUCGUGCAGUGCCUCUUCUUCUGGCUGGCAGCUUGCCGCCUGACGCGCCGCGGGUAUGAGUUCACGAUGGUGGCCCACGCAUCCAAGAGCGACUUCAAGGAGUUCCUCUCGCGGCUCCGAAGGAAGGCCGCCUGGCCACCACCCUCCCCGGCGUCCUCGCCCUUUGUGUGCAUGGACGACAAGAGGUCCGGGAAGCGGCAGCGGCAGAUGCAGCACCCCUCCUACUACGCCAGCGGAUAUGACCAGAGGCAGCCCGAUCUUCGCAAUAGAAGCCCGAUCUUCGAUAAAGACGCCCGAUGUCUCGGGUUUGAGCGAUCGUGA